UUAAAGUUCUCAAUUAUUUGAAACUGAGCUAGAGACUUCGCUUUUACAGGUCGGCAGCUGCGUUCCAAAUUUCCAGUUACACGAAGUUUUUUACUAACAUUUCCGUGACAUUUCACAAAACUGGUCGAGUAAUCCGACAGAAAAUGCCCUAUUUAACAAUCCACUACGGCCCUUACAAGUGCCACGGCAUCAUCGACCACAGAUUUCAAAAAAUCAACGGUUUAUUCCGGGCCCUUGACCAAUUAGGAUACGACAUAGAAGUGAUUCCAGUCAACGAUUUCAAUCGAUUAUCGAUUGAAAUGUUCGAAAGGGAAGUGUUCCGAUGCGAUAUUCGGAACCUAAUGUUCAACAUGCCGGCCGAUGAUGAUCCAGUUUGCCAAAGGGCCCUUCGGGCAAUAGAUGAGGCCAAUCGGCGAAUGUCCAACGAAGACAAUAUACGAACAUACACCACAACGGCCAAUGGAAUGAGAGAUUUGAGCGAAAACGCCAACAGCCCCAACAUUAAAGACAACCUGCCGUCUCAAGUCGAUCUGUUGUUUGAAAUAAAACCGGAAGAUCGCAAGGGCUCGCUUGGCCGCCACCCUCACGACAUCGUUCCGGAGGAAAAAGUCUCCAAAGUGAAAAUAAUGGAGGACAAAAACACCACCUUUGGACUAGAACGGAAAUCAGAGCAGGGCACAAUUGAUUAGGAUUAGUGAAACACUGUUUUGUCUAGAGAAAUGUACAUUUAUAUCGACACAUACAAAACUACCUGCCAACUAAAAAUCCAGGUAAAACUUUUAAUUAGCACCAAAAAGGCGGCUAUAAUUUAGGUUAUUUAGUCAUCAGAUUGUUAGGUUGCACCUUGUCGUUUGCAUCUGCGCCCUAAUUACGCGGAAUACGCGCAAAGAGGAACAACACAUUUUCCCUAUCUAAAAUAAACUGAGUAAAACAAGAAAA